UUUUAUUGAACAAGAACAGUGGACCCCACUUUGGGACACAAAGUGUGCUUCGUUCUCCUGCAUUUUCUUCUUCCUUCACUCUUCCUUAAGUUCUCUUCAUUUCUCCCCUUAUUCUCCUCAUCUUCAUCUGUUAUUUCUUGUUUCUCGACUCAAUUCUUGUAUAUUAAUGUAAAGGGUUACCAGAAUUAGUUUCAAAUUUCAAGAUUUUGAUACCCUUGUGAAGAGGGAUUUGAUUUAGGGGCCACCAUUUACGCUUUAAUUUGAUCGCUUUAAUAGUAGCAAUCAAUGACGUUUUGAGAAGACAGACAAAUCAAAUCCCUGCUUCAAUGCCAUCAAUAAGUACAAGUGCUUCCUUGAGAAGCAGUGAAAGUGGUCUAUCGAGUUGCAGUGAUUUUUCUAUUGAUGCAAACUCAGAUGGAAGGGUUUAUUUGGAGGAAUGUAGCACGGAUAGCAGUCAAGAAGAUUCUGUUUGCAGUGCAAAGAACCAAUUAAAUGAUCAUAGCUCAGAAUUUCAGACUAAUGGAGUUCAAAGACCCAGUACUUCUGUGAAAAAUGACCUCCUGGGAAUAAAUGUUGUAAAUGAUACUUGGAUUAACAGAGACAUAGAAAAUGCAGGAACUCUUCAUGAUAAGGAAGCCAGUGAUCAUAAUUUGGAAAGAUUUGGUUCAGUGAUUGAUGAGGGAAGUGCAAGCUUACCAGGUAAUGAUGAGAUGGAUGCCCAGUUUUGGCUACCCCCAGAGCCUGAGGAUUAUAUUGAUGAUAUUGAGGGUAGUGUGAUCAAUUAUGAUGAGGAUGAUGAUGAAUCUGUUGAUGGUAUAAAUUGGGGUAGCCCAAGCUCUUUAAGCAGCUUUGGAGAUGAAAGAAGUGGGGCCCACAAAUUCAAAGAGGUAAAGCGAAAAGCGAUGGAAGAGGUGAUGAAUGGGAAGUUUAAGGCCCUUGUUGAUCAACUACUUAAAUCUGUUGGUGUUGUCUCUUCUGCAAAAGAUGGAAAUAGUUGGGUAGAUAUCGUUACUCUUUUGUCAUGGGAGGCUGCUAAAUUUGUGAAGCCAGAUGCUGCAGAAGGAAAAGCAAUGGAUCCUGAUGGAUAUGUAAAAAUCAAAUGUAUCUCCAGUGGUUUUCCAUGUCAAAGCCGAAUGAUUAAAGGGCUGGUCUUUAAAAAGCACGCUGCGCACAAACACAUGCCCACAAAGUACACCAAUCCUAGAUUGAUGUUGAUUCAGGGUGCCCUUGGACUUUCAUCAAAUGGACUAUCAUCAUUUGAGUCAAUGCAGCAGGAGAAGGAUAGUAUGAGAGCCAUCAUUGAUGUGAUAGACAUGUACCAACCAAAUGUGGUGUUGGUAGAGAAAACUGUUUCUCGUGAUAUACAAGAGUCCAUCUUGGCAAAAGGAAUGACGCUGGUCCUUGAUAUGAAGCUUCAUCGUCUGGAGAGGGUUGCUCGUUGCACAGGUUCACCCAUCUUGUCUCCAGAUUCUCUGGUUGGCCAGAAGCUUAGGCAGUGUGAUUCUUUUCAUUUUGAAAAGUUUGUGGAAGAACACGCUGUUAUUGCCGAAACUGGCAAGAAACCGAGCAAAACAUUGAUGUUUCUAGAGGGAUGCCCAACUCGUCUUGGAUGCACGAUUUUGUUGAUGGGAGCUGACAGUGAUCAACUGAAGAGAAUCAAAUGUGUGGUCCGCUGUGCAGUUGUCAUGGCAUAUCAUUUUAUCUUGGAGACUUACUUCCUUUUAGAUCAGAGGGCAAUGUUCUCAACUAUUCCUAUUAGUGAAGUAGUGAACCUUGCACUAACCAAUCAAGAAUUAUCACCCCAUGGAGCUAGUGAUCCAACUUCCUGCAAUGGUGAUCCUGUUAUUGAUUCUGGUGCAUCAUCAACAAUUCCCAUUUCUGAUGAGUUUGGUGAAGAAGUUACCCAAUAUUUGAAUUCGGAGCCCGAAGCUAAUUUGUCAUUUUCAUUUGAGUCAUAUAAUCCACUCAUUCUUUCGGGGCUGUCAUCUCUCUCAGCUUCUUUGAAAAAAGUUAUGGGGGAUAAUUUUCCUCUUAUCUCUAGUUCAAGUCAGGCUAUGUCUUCAUACUUCGGCUUUGAUGGGAGGACAUCUGAUGAUCAGGGGCAAACUGAUGUUCAGAUUCCUAUCUCACAGAAGACCAUUGAUCACUGUGAUACAGAAAUUAAGAUUACUGCUGAUGAUGGGAAAGGACAUGAUCGUCCACAGUCACAUCCUCUACCAAUGCCUUUUGAAACACAAAUGAGUAGUGGAGAUUAUGAAGAACAUAUCCCUAGUAAGGAUGACAUCAAAGCUGUUUUGGAUUCUGAGAGUAUCUUGGUUUUGAUGUCAAGCCGAAAUUCUUCUAGAGGGACCAUGUGUGAGCAUAGUCAUUUUUCUCAUAUCAAGUUCUACAGGAAUUUUGAUGUUCCGCUUGGAAAGUUUUUGCACGAAAAUUUACUCAAUCAGAGGCUGCAGUGCAAGACUUGUGGUCAACUACCAGAAGCCCAUUUUUAUUACUAUGCGCAUCAUAAUAAGCAACUCACAAUUCACGUAAGACGUCUUCCUACAGAUAAGAUUUUGCCUGGUCAAAGUGACGGGAAACUUUGGAUGUGGAGUUGCUGUGGUAAAUGUGUAUCCCAUAAUGGAAGCUCAAAAUCCACGAAAAGAGUCUUGAUAUCAACUGCUGCUCGUGGUUUAUCAUUUGGAAAGUUUCUGGAGCUGAGCUUUUCAAAUCCCUCCUCAUUUAGAAGAAAAUCUAGUUGUGGGCAUUCUUUACACCAGGAUUAUCUCUUCUUCUUUGGAUUGGGCCCUCUGGUUGCAAUGUUCAAAUACUCAAAAGUUGCUACUUAUUCAGUAUCUCUGACACCUGAGAAGCUGGAGUUUGGUAAUUCAGUUAGAGGAGAGGUUCUGAAGGAAGAGUUUGAGGAUGUGUACGAGAAAGGAAUUUCGUUGUUCCUGGAGAUAGAAAAAUCUUUGAAGGAGGUAGGAUCCCGCUAUUUAGGCAUGACUCUAAAUCUUCAGGGAACAAUUAAAGAUUUCUCUGAUAUCGAGGACAUGUUGAAGGAGGAAAGAUCCCAAUUUGAGGAUGACAUUCGGAAUGUUCUGAAGAAUGGGAAUGGGGAUGGAGCUAUUUACAAGUUUUUGAGGUUAAACAAACUACGAUUGGAGCUACUGCUUGGAUCCCGCAUCUGGGAUAGGCGUCUCAAUUAUCUGCUAUCAUCUGAACUUUCUGUGGCAGGGAGUAAAACCAUUGACAGCAGAGUAGCAAAACAAAUUUGCAUGGAAACUUCUCAAGCUAAAGCUGAUGGCCUAGACAUAACUAUAGAGGAUCCUGAAAAUGUUUCGAACAUCAUCCCUAGUCUUGAAAUCAAGCUUGUUACAUCUGAAGAAGCAAACUCUUUUCAAAAGGAAGUUCCUAUUGAGGGACUAGUUCAAGGAACUAUUGGAAAUGGAGCACUUCAAGAUUCUUUAAAUAAGCCAGAUAUUUUUGAUGGCUCUCAUGAUGGUGAUGACAAUCUACAAGACAAUAUCCCAAAGUUUGUUCAAGUGCAAGAAGAUAAAGUAGUACCAAUUACAACUGAUGUUGAGGGUUCUGUUCUUGAUUCAAACAGUUGUCAGACUGUAAGAUCUCAUUUUAGGUCGUCUUUUAACAUAGAAAAUGAAAAGGGCUGGAUGUGGGCUCCAUUUAGAGAAAUUCAACAUGAAUACAUGAAUGAUCUCUGGAGAGGUUACUUCCCAAAAUUUGAUUCUGUAUCUAGCUUUGCUCAAGACACUACAGGUUAUAAACUGAUAAAUGAUGAGGGGUCGAAACUUCAAAUUCCUCUUGGUUUGGACGACUAUGUUGUCUCAGAUUAUGAAGAUGAAUUUUCAAGCAUAAUUGCUUGUGCUCUAGCCUUGUUGAAGGACCUACCUAUUGUGAGUCAGGAACUUGAUGAGGAUUUCAGGAAAGGAAAAGGGAUGAUGACGUCGAAUGAUAAUUCACAGAGCCUAACACGAAUAUUUUCUCUUGCCUCCCCUCAUUGGUCUUCAACUGGUUAUUUGGAUGCAGAUGGAAUUUAUUCUUCAACUAGCAUAUCAUCAGAAGAGUCGCACUUCUCAAGCUUUGAUAGUCUGGAUUUAUUGGACUCUGUGGUGUCUUUGGCAGCUGUUCAUCCAGAAGUCUCUUUGGGCAUUGGAAAAGUUCCGGGAAAGCGAAAAUACUCUGUGAUAUGCUUAUAUUCCAGCCAAUUUCGCCAUCUGCGAAAUCGAUGUUGUCCAUCUGAAAUUGAUUAUAUUGCUUCCCUAAGUCGUUGCAGGAACUGGGAUGCCAAAGGUGGGAAGAGUAAAUCUUUCUUUGCUAAAACUCUAGAUGAUAGGUUCAUCAUAAAAGAAAUUAAGAGGACCGAGUUUGAAGCUUUCUUGAAGUUUGCUUCAAAUUACUUCGAGUAUAUGAAUGAAUGCUAUGAACUUGGGAACCAGACCUGCCUUGCAAAAAUUCUUGGCAUUUACCAGGUAACCAUUAGACAAACAAAAAAUGGGAAAGAGACAAGACAUGAUCUAAUGGUGAUGGAGAACCUUUCUUUUGGUCGAAAUAUCAUACGCCAAUACGAUCUUAAAGGCGCCUUGCAUGCUCGAUUUAAUUCAACAGGAAAUGCUGAUGAUGUUCUUUUGGACCAAAACUUUGUUAAUGACAUGAAUGUUUCUCCUCUCUAUGUUAGUAGGAAAUCAAAGCGAAUUCUGCAACGGGCUGUCUGGAAUGACACUAAUUUCCUCCAGUCUAUCAAUGUUAUGGAUUAUUCUUUGCUAGUGGGAGUGGAUGCUCAGAAACGUGAAUUGGUGUGUGGGAUCAUUGAUUAUCUGAGGCAAUACACCUGGGACAAACAACUUGAGAAUUGGGUCAAGUCAUCCCUUGUCCCCAAGAACCAGCAGCCAACUAUCAUCUCUCCCAAAGAGUACAAAAAGCGAUUCAGAAAGUUUAUCGAUACGCAUUUCCUCAGUGUUCCUGACCAUUGGUGCUCUCAGAGAUCCUCAAAUCCUUGCAGACUUUGUGGGAUGGGAGAUGAUGAUGAUUGUUUGCACUCAAAUUCUCAAGAGCUAGGGGAGAACAAUGAUAAGAUCUGCCACUUUGAACAGCAAGGCGAACAAGAUGGUUCUUCUCAUGGUAAAUCUCAAGAGGGGAAAGAAAAUGGUAAUGUUUCGUAAUUUUUGGAGUUGAAUCAUUCUUUUAUACUAAACAGACGUUGUACAUACUUUACCAUCUCAGUAAAUAUAAUCCCCUGCAAUUUUUUCUGCAAAUUUUGGGGAUUCUCUCGAUAUUACAGAUCAGCCUUAUAGUGGUUGCAUGCAAAAUUUUUGCAAGAUUGUUGAGUAAUUGUAAAAGGUGUGUGGUGGUCUGAAUGGGUCUAGUAUUAUUUGGAAUUAAUCCGAAUUAAUCACUAA